GGAAUAUUCAAGAUGAGCUCAUCUUCGGGUAUUUUGCGUUCAAGUGUAAUGCCUGCUGCAUCUCAUAUAGAUGAAAGUGCAAAAUAUCCAACCGAUUCAAGCUCUCAAACGUAUUCGCUAUUAUUCUAUGGUACUCUUGUUCAUCCUGCCAUUCUUGCACGAAUGAUAGGUCAUCAAGGUUCCAAUCUUAUCGUUCAACCGGCCAUUUUAGAGGGUUAUGCUCUUCAUCAUGUAAAAGGAGAAGAUUAUCCUGGCUUGAUACCAUUAUCAGACAGUCAAAAGGUUCUAUCACAAGGAGAUCCAGGUCAUUCCAGCAAGUCACCCACCAAAACGGCUAUUCGGGGUAUGUUGGUAGAAGGACUAAGUGAAGCAGAUGUACUCAAAUUGGACAGAUUUGAAGGUAAUGAGUAUAUCCGUCAAGCUGUAAAUGUUCUUUUGGACGAAUCAGUUCAACCACUAAAGAAUGAUCAACGUUCCGAAUCGCAAAGUAUUGACCAAGUGCUUUCUUCUUUGACGCCGGAAAGGAUUCAAACAAUCUUGAACGAAAGACGUGCAUCGAAAAGAUGUCAUGUCUAUCGAUGGUAUGCAAGCACAGAUAUGUUAGAGCCGCGUAUAUGGACUUUUGAAACGUUUAUGAGUAGUGGAAAUCAUCACAAGUGGUGGAAUGAUGCUUGAUUAGGUGAUGAAGAUUAGCAAGAGUGAUUCUCCCCGCAAAUGCAUGCUGUAUUUAUACAAUGUACAAUAGACUAAUAAUACAAAAUAGAUCUCGAUGCCUUUUAUACCAUUCGCUUGCCUUUUUCAGGUGGUGGUGGCUGCUGUUGAGAUGUAGAAGAGGGUGAUGAAUUUGCUUUGCCUAGAUCUUCCUCAUGGAACCCUAGAUUUGACAUUUCAU